AUGAAGGUGACAAUACUGCUCCUGUGUGGCUUUGCUCUAGCAGCAGCCCAUCCCACCUGGGAGGAAUUCAAGGCUAAAUAUGGUCGCAGGUAUAAGAACUCAGAAGAAGAAAAUCACCGCAAGAGUGUGUUCCAGAGAAAUCUUCAGUACAUCGUAGAGUUUUCGAAGGGGAACUCUACCCACAAAGUGGCGAUGAACGAGUUUGGUGACCUGACGAAUGAAGAAUUCAAGAAAAAGAUGAACGGAUACUUACCUUCGUCGUCCCGAGAGGCCAACACAGUAUUCAGCUCCCAGACAAGGAUCCUUCCAAGUUUUGUGGAUUGGCGCACCAGCGGCUACGUCACUCCUGUCAAGAACCAGAACCCAUGUGGCGCUUGUUGGGCGUUUUCUGCGACCGGCUCCUUGGAGGGUCAACAGUUUCGUAAAACCGGCCAACUGGUGAGUCUCUCCGAGCAGCAGCUGGUCGACUGCGCCGGCGGUGUUUACCAAAACCAGGGAUGUUACAGUGGAUGGAUGAAUAAUGCCUUCAACUACCUCAAGGCCACUGGGUCUGACAGUGCGGCUUCCUACCCUUACGUGGCAGUACAAGGGACCUGCAAGUUCUCACCCAACAACAUCGCCGCCACAGUAACUGGCUACGUCACCAUAACUUCACAAAGUGAGAGUGCUCUGAUGACAGCCGUAGCGACCGUAGGUCCCAUCUCUGAGUAA